AUGCCUCUCCUCUACAUAUUAUUGCUUGGGCUUCUCCUCUCACACACUCCUCACUGCUGCUCUUCAGCACCUGCAAGAGGUACCCUCACUGAAGGCCAAGUGCUUGCCAUUGGCGAUAAGCUCGUCUCGGGGAACGGCAAGUUCGCCCUCGGCUUCUUCCAGCCAGCAACGAGCACCAGCAGUAAGUCCCAGAACACCACCAGCUCCAGCUCCAGCUGGUAUCUUGGCAUAUGGUUCAAUAAGAUCCCGGUUUUUACUGCCGUGUGGGUUGCUAAUCGGGAGGAGCCCACCCCCCAUCACAACACCAACUCAACAAAGCUCAAGUUCUCAAGUGACGGCAAUCUUGUCAUUGCCACAAACCGUGCUGAUGCCGUCACUGAAUCCCUUGUUUGGUCCACUCAUAUUGUGAAUAGGACACAAGCCAGUAGCAUACACACCGCCACCUCCAAUGCCGGUGUUCUCUUGAACAGCGGAAACCUUGCCCUACUCACAAAUAGCAAAGUGAUGUUGUGGCAGAGCUUCGACUACCCAACAGAUAUCGCGCUUGCUGGCGCCAAGCUUGGCUGGAACAAGGUCACUGGUUUCAGUCGCAAGUUCAUAUCAAAGAAGAGCCUCAUUGAUAUGGGUCUUGGCUCAUACAGCCUAGAACUAGACACCAGCGGCGUCGCCGUCCUCAAGCGCCGCAACAAUCCCUCUGUAGUCUAUUGGCAUUGGGCAUCCUCCAAAACAUCAUCACUGAGUGUUUUACCAACACUAAAGACAAUUAUAGAUUUGGAUCCACGCACAAAAGGCUUGAUGAACCCAAUAUAUUUUGACAACGACCAUGAGCAGUACUACAUGUACACUUCACCGGAGGAAUCAUCGUCUUCCCUGUUUGUCUCACUAGACAUCUCUGGUCAGGUCAAGCUGAAUGUUUGGUCGCAAGCCAACCAGUCUUGGCAAACCAUAUGUGCUGAGCCUGCCGAUGCCUGCACUCCAGCUGCUACCUGCGGACCUUUCACAGUCUGCAAUGGCAAUGCACAGCCAUCCUGUGACUGUAUGGAGAGCUUCUCUCAGAGGUCACCGCAGGAUUGGGAGUUUGAGGAUCGAACAGGAGGAUGCAUCAGAAACACACCUUUGCAUUGCAGCACUAGUGGUAACAACAAAAACGUGACAAGUUCAACAGACAUAUUCCACCCCAUUUCUCAAGUUGUGUUACCCUACAACCCACAAAGCAUAGAUGUUGCUACCACUCAGAGCAAAUGCGAAGAAGCUUGUCUCAGUUCCUGCUCCUGCACUGCUUAUUCCUAUAACAAUAGCAGAUGA